AUGUCGAAUCCGAGAAACAAACAUAGAAAUAAUAAUAAUGAACAGGGUUUAGAUAAAAAAACAUUAUUUGUUCGCCUGAUUCCUUUUGAUGCCACUUCAGAAGAAUUAUCCGAUUUCUUUUCCCAGUUUGCACCAAUUAGACAUGGGGUUAUUGUCACUGAUAAUGAAAAUAAUUCCAGAGGUUUUGGGUUUGUUAGCUUUGCUUUAGAAGAAGAUGCCCAAUUAGCCUUAGAAAAAGGAAGAAAAGAGAAAUUCAAGGGAAGAGUAUUAAGAGUUGACGUUGCUAAGAGAAGAGAAAGAAACACAAAGAAAGAUCCAUCCUUAGAUGAUGAUGAGGAAGAAGAGCAAGGAAAUAAGCCAGCACCAGUCACCGACUAUAAUGAUAAAGAAGCUUUUUUCAAGAAUGAAAUUGAAGAUAAAAAGAGAUCAAGAUUAAUUAUCCGUAACUUGCCUUGGUCAAUACGUAACCCAGAAGAAUUAACUAAGCACUUCCAAAGAUAUGGUACAGUUCAAGAAAGUAUUAUUCCAAGAAAAAAAGACGGGAAAAUGUGUGGGUUUGCCUUUGUUCAAAUGAAAAAGUUCAGUGGUGCCAAGUUGGCAGUGGAGAAAAGUAAAAGUUUGAAAUUAAAGGGAAGAGAAGUCCAGGUUGAAUUUUCCAUCGAAAAAAGUAAAUGGGAGACCAUUCAAGAAAGAAGCGGUAAAAAGUCAACAAGAGAGAGAGUCGAAGGCGAAGAUGACGAGGAAAAUGAAGAUGAAGAAGAAAAAGAUGAAGAAAAAGAUGAUUCAGAUAGUGAUAGCGAAAGUGGAUCAGAUGAUGAUGAUGAUGAUGAUGAUGAUGAUGAUGAAGACAAGGAAGAAGAGCCUGCUAGACCAAGACCAAACAAACAAGAGCCAUACACUAUUUUCAUUCGUAACUUACCAUAUGAUGCGACAAAGGAAGGACUUACCAGCCAUUUCGGUCAAUUCGGUCCUAUCAAAUAUGCCUUGCCAGUGAUCGACAAAGAAACCGGUCUUGCCAGAGGUACAGGUUUUGUGGCUUUCACCACAAAAGAAGGUUAUGAAACUUGUCUUGAAAAUGCUCCAGAUAUGUCACAUUCUUCAGCCUCAUUGUUAUUAUCAGAUGAUGUUCCGGCUGCUUAUGUGUACGACGGGAGAAUUCUUUCAAUUACUAGUGCUGUGAACCGUGAACGUGCUGGAGUCUUAAAGGAUAAGAAUAGUGAGCGUAGAGCACAAUUGUUGGGCAAGCAAGUGGGUAACCAAGAUAAAAGAAACUUGUUUUUGUUGAACGAAGGUAGAAUUUCACCAACCUCCAAAAUUGCUGAGUUAUUAACCAAGACAGAUUUGGAAAUCAGAGAAAAGAGUUAUAAAGUGAGAAUCGAUCAAUUGAAUAAGAACCCAUCAUUACAUUUAUCCCUCACCAGAUUAGCAAUCAGAAACUUGCCAAGAGUUUUAACUGAGAAAUCCCUCAAGGCCCUUGGUCGUAAAGCGGUGGUUGAGUUUGCCAAAGAAGUCAAGACUGGUAAUAGACAAUCAUUGAGUAAAGAAGAACUUCAAAGAUCUACCAAACACAAAGAACUGAAUAGUUUGGAAGACCCUAACUCUAAAAAAUCUAAGAAAAAGGGGGUGGUUAGACAAGCCAAGGUGUUGGUCGAAGUCAGUGCUAGUGGUGAAGCUGGGAGAUCUAAAGGUUACGGGUUUUUGGAAUUCAAGGACCAUAGAAAUGCGUUAAUGGCACUUAGAUAUUUGAAUUGUCACGAAAUUACCAGAGAAGAAGUGAUGGAAGGUUUGACUGAUGAAGAAAAGAAAUUCCUUAAGUACGAAGGUGGUAACAAGAGAAGAUUGAUUGUUGAAUUUGCCAUUGAACAUGCCAACGUCGUGAAUAGAAGAAAGGAAAAAGUGCAAACUGCUAGACAAUUAUCUGAAAUUAAGAAAACGGGCAAGGAAGAGGAAGAAAAGGAAGAGAAAAAGGAAGAGAAAAAGAAUAAGAAAAAGGACGCCAAGAAGAGAACUCACGAGGAGGAGGAAAAAGACAAGACCCAAGAUAUUAUCAAGAAUAAGAGAAGAAAGAAGAAUGCGCAAAAGAAGAUGAAGAAGAAUUGA